GGGGGCCAUUUUGCCGGAGGCUGGCUCCGGGAGUGGAGGGCCCGAGCGGCCUGGUAGCUGAUCGGAGCCGUUCCUUGCCAUCUCUGCACCUCGGGCCUCGGAGAGGAGCUGGAAGGCUGGGCUUCAUCCAGCCCUCCCGAGACGGCAAUGGUUCCCUCCAGCCGUCGCUACCCGACGACCCUCCAUGGCGGCCGCACCUUCCGAGCUGCUCCUGCCGCCGCCCCUUGCAGCCGUGGGUUCCUAUCGCCUCCUGAGCCGCAGUCGUUCUUCCGCUCCAGGGAAUGAUGGGCGCCGAGCUGGGGGCACAAUGAGGGGCGAGAAAAACUACUACUGCCGCGGGGCUGCCGGGGACCACGGCUCCUGCCCCUCGACGCCGUCGCCUCUGACCUCGACCCUGCUCUUGCAGGCGGAGGCCGUGUCCAGUAGCUGGUCGGCGCCCGGGAGUGGGCUGUCAGGAGGAGAUGAGGAGGAGACGCGGCUCCUUCAACUCCUGCGCACCGCCCCGGAUCCCUCCGAGGCGUUCCAGGCUUUGCAGGCUGCCUUGCCGCGGCGGGGCGGCCGGCUCGGUUUUCCCCGCCGCAAGGAAGCCUUGUAUCGGGCGCUCGGCCGAGUGCUGGUGGAAGGCGGGAGUGAUGAGAAGAGGCUCUGCUUGCAGCUCCUCUCGGACGUUCUUCGGGGUCAGGGGGAGGCAGGUCAGCUGGAAGAGGCCUUUAGUUUAGCGCUUUUGCCCCAACUAGUUGUCUCGUUACGAGAAGAUAAUCCAGCCCUACGGAAGGAUGCGCUGCAGAUCCUGCAUAUAUGUCUCAGGCGCAGUUCUGGCCAAGUACUUAGAACGCUUAUACAAGGCCUGGAGAGUCCAGAUGCCCGGCUUAGAGCAUCCACCGCGCUGUUGCUCCCCAUCUUGCUUACUCCUGAGGAUUUGUUGCUGGGCUUGGAUCUCACUGAAGUAAUAAUAUCUCUGGCCCGAAAGCUUGGCGAUCAAGAGAUGGAAGAAGAAUCUGAGACAGCGUUCUCCACACUUCAACAAAUUGGAGAACGGCUUGGUCAAGAGAGGUUUCAAUCCUACAUCUCUCGUCUGCCCUCUGCUCUGCGAAGGCACUACAAUCGCCGCCUGGAGUCCCAGUUUGGAAGUCAGGUUCCUUAUUAUUUAGAGCUUGAAGCCUCUGGGUUUUCUGAAGAUCCUGCCCCUUGUAUAGCGACUCUUUCCAAUAGCAAUCUGAAAUUCGGGAUUAUUCCUCAGGAGCUGCACGCGAGAUUGCUGGAUCAGGAAGACUAUAAGAACAGGACUCAGGCUGUUGAAGAACUAAAACAGCUGUUGGGAAAAUUUAACCCAAGUUCUACCCCUCAUUCUAGUCUUGUUGGUUUCAUUAGCUUAUUGUAUAAUUUGUUAGACGAUUCCAAUUUCAAAGUGGUCCAUGGCACACUUCAAGUUCUGCAUUUGCUGGUUAUUCGCCUGGGAGAGCAGGUCCAACAGUUCUUGGGACCAGUUAUAGCAGCUUCUGUGAAAGUGCUGGCCGACAACAAGUUGAUGAUCAAGCAGGAGUACAUGAAGAUCUUUCUAAAGCUAAUGAAAGAAGUAGGCCCUCAGCAGGUGCUCUGUUUGCUCCUGGAAAAUCUUAAACAUAAACACUCCAGGGUCAGAGAGGAAGUCGUGAACAUUUGCAUCUGUUCCCUCCUGACCUAUCCCAGUGAGGAUUUUGACUUACCCAAACUGUCUUUUGAUCUUGCUCCAGCUCUCGUCGAUAGCAAACGCAGGGUCCGCCAGGCAGCCCUAGAAGCCUUUGCUGUUUUGGCGUCAUCAAUGGGCUCAGGUAAAACCAAUGUCCUUUUUAAAGCUGUAGAUACUGUUGAGUUGCAAGAUAACGGAGAUGGAGUGAUGAACGCCGUGCAGGCCAGAUUGGCCAGAAAGACUCUUCCACGGCUAACAGAGCAGGGAUUUGUCGAGUAUGCCGUCCUCAUGCCGUCUUCUGCCCAGGGUAGGUCCAGCCAUUUGGCACAUGGCGCAGAUACAGACUGGCUUAUGUCUGGAAACAGAACUCAGAGUGCACACUGUUACUGUGGUGAGCACACAAGGGACAGCAUGCAGCUGUAUGGAUCCUACAGUCCAACGAUCUGUACCCGAAGGGUCUUAAGUGCUGGGAAAGGGAAAAAUAAAUUACCAUGGGAAAAUGAGCAGCCUGGAGAAAACCAGACCUCCAAUUCAAAGGACAGUAAAGACACAGAGCAGGUCUGUGGAAACCAGAAGAGGGUGUCAGAUUUGAUGGAGCUAGAGAAGUUAAAGGAUUCUGUGACUGGCAGUUUUUCAGCUCAUGACCUCAUCCCAUCUCCAAAAUUAAAGCCAUCUCAAGGAAUGCCAGUCAAUGAUGAUUUGUGUUUUAGCAAAAAAAGGUCAUCAAGAAACUUAUUUCAGAGUAGUCGGGAUUUUAACUCAGAUUCAAUUCCUAUGUGUGGUGCUGGUAAUACUGCAACUCAGCAGACAAGUCUUCCUGGGAAAUGUGGGCAGCUUGGACUGUCACAGAUAGGUAGUAAAACUGGCAGUGUGGGUUCUGACUUACAGUUCCUGGGAACAGCCAAUCAAGAUAAAGUAUAUGCUAGCCUAAAUUUUGGCAAUAAGACUCAGCAAACGUUUGGUAGUCAAACAGAACGAACUUCUUCAUACUCUGGUUCAAGUGCAAGCCCAGGACCCUUUAUCCUUCCAUCCUAUCCCCUCUCAUCUCCUCGAGCUAGUCCAAAGCACACAUCUCCUCUUUCUGUGUCUCCAAAGAAAUCUCAAGAUAAUUCCAUUAGUUUCUCAAAUUCUUGGCCUCUUAAAAGCUUUGAAGGACUAUCAAAGCCAAGUCCACAGAAAAAACUUGUCAAUCAGAAAUCAUCUGACCCUACAGGAGAAAAUUUCCAAGAAAAAAAUACUCCAGUUCAACUCACACCUGCCUUGGUGAGAUCACCUUCUUCCCGAAGAGGCCUAAAUGGGACUAAGCCUGUCCCGCCCAUACCAAGAGGAAUAAGUCUUUUGCCUGAUAAAGCUGACUUUGGGACAGUAGGACACAAAAAGAAACAGCCUGAUGAUAUUUGGAAAAGUGAAAAAGAUUGUCUUACAAUUGAUCUUUCAGAAUUGAAUUUCAGGGAUAAAGAUCUGGAUCAAGAAGAGAUGCAGAGCUCUCUUAGGUCCCUUCGUAACAGCGCAGCUAAGAAAAGAGCGAAGCUGAGUGGCAGCAGCAGCACUUCUGAUAUCGACAGUCCCGACUCUGCAAUGAAGCUCGAGCUGACCAUGGACUCCCCAUCCCGAUCUUCCUCUCCAAACGUCAGCUCUUACAGUGAAAGUGGAGUUUAUAGCCAAGAAUCGUUGACCUCUUCUCUUUCUACAACUCCCCAGGGGAAGAGAAUAAUGUCAGACAUAUUUCCAACAUUUGGAUCAAAACCUUGCUCAACAAGACUUUGUUCUGCAAAGAAAAUCUCCCAUGCUGCUGAACAGACUCCUAGUGCAGGGAUUACAACAUCCAGUGUAAGCAUAAUUGGUCAACGUAUGAACUAUGGGUUUGGAUGUGGUGAUUUUGAAGAUGAUAGGUCACAUGACAUUUCACCUAGUGCUUUAAAAAUACAAAAUAAGGAACCCCCAAGACAUAAGCAUACAAAAGAAUUUAAAAGAUCAUCAAAUUUACAGCAGAUUUCCAAUUUUGACUUCACAUCUACAAAUACCUUAUCAGAAGACUCAGUAGUAAUUGUUGGAAAAGGUGUAUUUGGAAAUCCAAAUUCAGCACCAGCAACUUGCAACCAACCAGUGAUAUCCUCUUUGGAACAUGAGGAUUCAUUCUCAGUGAAACCAAGCAUUGAACCGCCCUCAGGGAUUUAUGGAAGAGCAGUCCCGCAAAAUACCCCAUCAUAUCUUGAUGUUGAAAAUGACAAAGAUACUAAAGUUUCUAUUGCAAAGUCUACUUAUGACAAGAUGAGACAAAAGAGAAAAGAAGAACAAGAGCUUUUUGAUGGUAAAGAUUGUGAAAGGAAAGAGCUGAAUCCCUGGGAACGAAUAAAACAUGCAGGAACUGAGAAAAUGACAUCUGAAAGUGAAACAUCUGCCGGAGUCAUACCACAGUAUAAAGAAAGAAUGUCUUCUGUCACUCAUAGUCCAGAGAUAAUGGAUUCGUUGGAAUUACGACCGUUUUCCAAACCAGAAAUAGCCCUAACAGAAGCCUUACGGCUUCUAGCUGAUGAGGACUGGGAGAAGAAGAUGGAGGGAUUGAAUUUUAUCCGAUGCUUAGCUGCUUUUCACUCUGAUUUGUUGAACACAAAGUUGCACGAAACAAACUUUGCAGUAGUUCAAGAGGUGAAAAAUUUACGGUCUGGGGUGUCACGUGCUGCUGUGGUGUGUCUAAGUGACCUCUUCACGUAUCUGAGGAAGAGCAUGGAUCAAGAGCUGGAUACUGCAGUAAGAGCUUUGCUGCACAAGGCUGGAGAGUCUAACACAUUCAUAAGAGAAGAUGUGGACAAGGCAUUGAGAGCUAUGGUUAAUAAUGUCACUCCUGCACGUGCAGUCAUUGCUCUUAUCAAUGGAGGACAAAGCCAUCUGCACAUUGCAGUGAGAAGAUGUACAGCCCAGCAUUUGGCAGAGGUAGUAGAAUUUAUGGAACCUGAGCGUAUUUUGUCUGGAACAAAGGAUAUGGCUGAACGCUUACUGCCUGCUGCUGCUAAGUUUGCUCAAGAUAGCUCACAAGAAACCAGGUAUUAUGGUCGAAAGAUGCUUUUCCUCAUGAUGGGUCAUCCUAACUUUGAAAAAAUGCUUGAAAAGUAUAUCCCAUCUAAAGAUUUGCCAUAUAUUAAAGAAUCUGUUAAAAAUUUACGGCAAAAGGGUUUGGGAGAGAUACCUCUAGAUACGCCGUCAGCAAAAGGAAGGCGAUCUCACACUGGCAGUGUUGGACACACGAGGUCAUCAUCUGUUUCUCGAGAUGCUUUCAGUUCGGGUGAAAGGGAACUAAUUGAAGUUCGAGAAGCCCCCAGAAAACCAGCUCCUCGAAAUUCCUUAGAAAGUGCUGAGUACAUUAAAGUCAUAACAGGCUUAUUAAAUGCAAAAGACUUUCGUGAUCGUAUUAAUGGGAUUAAACAACUUUUAUCAGAUACUGAAAACAACCAAGAACUUGUUGUUGGCAACAUUGUGAAGAUCUUUGAUGCUUUUAAGUCUCGACUUCAUGAUUCCAAUAGCAAAGUGAAUCUGGUGGCUCUAGAAACAAUGCAUAAAAUGAUUCCUUUACUUCGAGACAACUUGUCUCCUAUAAUCAACAUGCUAAUUCCCGCAAUUGUGGAUAACAAUCUGAAUUCCAAGAACCUGGGCAUCUAUACUGCUGCCACAAAUGUUGUUCAUGCACUGAGUCAGCAUGUAGACAAUUACUUACUUCUACAACCAUUUUGCACAAAAGCUCAGUUUCUAAAUGGAAAAGCAAAACAAGAUAUGACAGAAAAACUUGCUGAUAUUGUCACGGACCUUUAUCAAAGGAAGCCUCACGCCACAGAACAGAAAGUGCUGGUGGUCUUAUGGCACCUCUUAGGGAAUAUGACACACAGUGGCUCCCUUCCUGGAGCUGGCGGAAAUAUACGAACAGCCACAGCUAAAUUGUCAAAAGCACUUUUUGCACAGAUGGGUCAGAACUUAUUAAACCAGGCCGCAUCUCAACCACCGCAUAUCAAAAAAAAUUUAGAGGAAUUGCUCGAUAUGACAGUUUUAAAUGAAUUAUGAGUUUUUGAUGAGAUAGUUAUGAUGAACAGACAAUUUACAUGAUGACAAAUGAAAUUUUUUAAAGCUGUAUUUUGCAUUUUGAGUGCCUGCAUUUCAUGUCCAGUAAAUUAAUUCAUUGACUAUGUUUAUUUUCAGCUUAUCUGUGAGUACAGAUCUGACCUUCUAGCCAUCACAUGGAAACCUGAAACACUUAAUAUAAACUAGUAGUCAUGAAAUCAAUCCAUGGCACCUGGGAUGAACUAAAUUUUCAAUGUUUUUGAGACAAAUCCUGCUCAUUUGCACUAUUCUAUAGAAACUGCAGUUUAUUGCCCCAUUUGUACAAUUAGAUUUGUAAUUAAAAAUAUACUUUUUAUUAUGUAAUCAUGUUCUGCUAUGUCUCAUUACUCUGCCUUGUUUUAUGAAAUGGAAGAAAAGUCAUUUAACUAUGUUAUCACACAAAAAAGUUUUGUGUGCUGUUUGUGGAUAACAUGUUUCUGAAUCAGUCUGCUAAUAUGAUUAUGCAGUAUUAGCUUGCUAUUGCUGCUGUGUUAUUGUAGCAUAUUUGCUAAAUUUUUGGGUUUAAUCAUCUGCACAAUUGUGAAAUUAACAAGUUAUAAUAAAGCAUGAUGACCAAAGCUUAGAAAACAUUAGCCAUUUGAAUGCACGUUUAAGAAACGUGUUGAAUAUAACUUUAUUUUUGUGUGCAAACACUAAAUUUUUAAUUUCUGUAUGUCUGUCCAUUUAUAAAGGUGUUAUUUUGCUGCCCAGUUGUGUAAUUCUCAAAAAUAGUGCCAGGUCUUCUAUAGUUUUUCUCAGAAUUCUUGGGCUUACACGUACUGUAUGCAUCCUAAAGGAGAAAAGGAAUGUUAUAAAAUAAAAGGAUUUAUUUCUGUA